AGGCACUGGCCGGCACCGACGACUCUGAGCCUCCACGAUGGUGCUGACUGACGAGAACAAGGCUCACGUGAAGAGCACUUGGGCCAAUGUGAGCAGCAAUGCCGAAGCCUUUGGGGCCGAGGCCCUGAACAGGCUCUUCGCGGCGCACCCCACCACCAAGACCUACUUCUGCCACUUCGACCUCAAGCCGGACUCGGCCCACAUCAAGGCGCACGGCAAGAAGGUCGUGGACGCGCUCACCGUGGCCGUCAACCACAUUGACGACAUGUCCAGCGCCCUCUCCAAGCUCAGCGACCUGCAUGCCGAGAAGCUGCGGGUGGACCCCGUCAAUUUCGGGCUGCUGGCCCACUGCAUCCUGGUGACCAUCGCGGCCCACAACCGUGGCUCCCUAAACCCCGCGGUAUACCUCUCCCUGGACAAGUUCUUGAGCCGCGUGGGCGCCCUGCUGAUCGCCAGGUACCGCUAAGCCGCAGGAGCCCGGCGGCCGGCCAGCCCGCCCGGAGAAGCAGGAGACGGAGGCGCCCCCUCCCUCAAAAUGUCCCCCAGCCACCCUCUCCCCCACCAGCAAUAAACCUCUUGGCUGCUUCCAAUGCAA